AUGACUACUCUUCUUACUUCUUUUGUACAAGGUACUCCUCUUAAAGUAACCAAGUGUGGAGUUUGUGGCUUGGUUGGUCAUCUAAAUGACAAAUGUCCCGAGGUGAUCGAGGAUGUAAACAUUUUUCGAAGAUAUGACCCGCACGGUAAUACAUAUAAUUCGAGGUGGAGAGACAACUCAAACUUAAGAUGGGGGAAUGACAACCAAAAGCAUACACAAGCACCACCCACCUCUUCAAACCAAGGUACGAAUCUUGAAGAUAUUAUCAAAGCUUUGGCAACUAACACUCUUUCUUUUCAACAAGAGAUGAAACAACAAAUGACUCAACUUACUACCGCCAUAAGCAAGAUGGAUGGGAAAGGCAAACUUUCGGCUCAACCGAACCAUGCAAUGUUGGCUUCAAAAAAGAAGGAAACAUCCAAGGAGGAAGAACUCUUGGAGAUGUUUAGAAAGGUGCAAAUCAACUUGCCUCUUGUCGAUGCAAUCCAACAAGUCCUGAGGUAUGCAAAGUUUCUAAAGGAGUUGUGUACCGACAAGAGGAAAACAAAAGAAAGAGCGAUGGUAAGUCAAAAUGUUUCGGCUCUUCUAAAGAGUAAUAUUCUAGAAAAAUGCAAUGACCUCGGUAUGUUUUCUCUACCUUGUGUAAUAGGAAAUAGGCUAAUUUCUCAUGCAAUGCUUGACUUAGGAGCAUCUAUAAAUGUCAUGUCAUACAACGUCUUUAAAGAUCUAGAACUUAAUAAUUUGCAAAAAACUAGUGUAUGCAUACAACUAGCAGAUAGAUCUUUUAUUUCACCAUUAGGAAUAGUUGAAGAUGUCCUUGUGAAAAUUGACAAACUAAUUUUUCCGAUGGAUUUUUACAUAUUAGAAAUGAAUGAAGCAUGCAUAAAACCAUCUCACUCUAUUUUAUUAGGAAGACCUUUUCUUAAAACUGCAAAAGCCAUUAUAAAUGUUGAUAAAGGUUCUUCAAGUGUAGAGUUUGAUGAAGACAUUGUCACAUUCAAUAUUUUUGAAUCCAUGAGAUAUCCGGAUGAAUGCUUGUCUUUAUGUUCAUUAGAAUUGCAUGAUGAAGUUGAUGAAUUGUCUAUACAUGAUGAAUUUUUUGAACAAGAAAUGGUUGAAAAUAGAGAAUUGUUAGAACCCAAUGUUGACUAUGCUUUAGAAAAAAAUAAUUGUGAUAAUCUUUUCUUUUCUCCAUAG